AUGUAUAACCCGUACCAGCAACAGGGCAUGGGUUACCAGCAGCAACAGCAGCAACAGCAGCAACAACCAAAUGGAUUCUACCCGCAGCAGCAGCAAGGUCAGUCUUCAAACCAGCCCCAAGGCCAGCCUCAACCACAACAGCAAAUGGCGUUUAACCAGCCUCAGGCUACCGGAAUUGGUGGGAUGCCUCAAAGUUUUGGUAAUUCUUUCUCAAGUAUGCCACAGCAGCCCCAAACGGGUUACAAUAAUAAUGGAAAUAAUGGUAGUGUAUAUGGUAAUGGUAAUUUUGGCCAACAACCCCAGCAGCAACAACAGCAGGCGAAACCGCAGCAUACGGGAUACGUACCAAAUUCCAGUAUGCCUAUGAUGAAUACUACUGGCACCAUGCCUCCACCUAAUCCGGCUCAACAGCCUCAGCUACAAUCCAUACAACCCCAAGGAACAGGCUAUUACCAAGCUGCUAAUACUGCAAAUGUACACUCAGUACAACCUUUGCAAUCUCAAGGGACAGGAUAUUAUGUGUCUACACCCAAUUUGAUCUCUUCUAAUCAAACCCAGCAGCCCCUUCAGGCCCAGGGCACUGGUUAUUAUCAAUCUCAACCUCAACAGGUGCCACCUCCUCAGCAAGCACAGUCCUUGCAACCUUUGAAGCCGCAGCAAACAGGAUUUUACCUUCAACCGCAAAACCAAGCUCCCUUAGAACCAUUAAAGCCCACCGCAACUGGCUUUGUCAACUCAUUUGCCAACAACGGUCUAAACAAUGAUAUCAAAAUCCCUGCCAUUAGAUUGUCGUUUAUUACUGCCCAAGAUCAGGCAAAAUUUGAGACUCUAUUCAGAUCAAUUGUUACCAAUGGUUCGAAUACUGUUUCCGGUGCUAAUUGUAGGAAAAUUUUGAUGAGAUCCGGUUUGCCACCUUCUCAACUCGCAAGAAUUUGGACGCUUUGUGAUACAUCAAAAGCAGGUGAGUUACUGUUUCCUGAAUUUGCAUUAGCAAUGCAUUUGAUCAAUGAUGUCUUACAAGGUGACACUAUCCCUUACGAAUUGGAUUCUAAGACAAAAAACGAAGUUUCAAGUUUUAUUGACGCCAUUAAUUUAAGCAUUGCAAACCAGGAUUCUUCCGCAAACGAUGCCCCAAAAACUCCCUUUGAUGAAUUCAUUACAGCGGGCGUACAAAAUUUGCAACCUCAACCAACAGGAUAUAUGCCUCAAACUAGUUUUGGUAUCCCAUUACAGUCUCAAAUUACUGGAGGCGGUGUUGCCUCGGCGUUGAAUCCUCAAUCCACAGGAUUUAUGGCACCAACCACUUUCAACAUGUCAAUGAAUACCGGAACUCCCGGAUUGAACCCCCAAAUUACUGGAGGAGCACCUGCCUCUAUGCAACCCAACAUUACUGGCAAUGCUUUGCAACCUCAGACAACUGGUAUGAUGCCACAGACAACUGGUAUGAUGCCACAGACAACUGGUAUGAUGCCACAGACUUCAUUUGGCGUUAAUUUAGGACCUCAGUUGACCGGCGGUGCUUUGCAAUCUCAGUAUACCGGAGGAUAUGGUUCCGUUAUGCCCCAGCAAAGCGGUCCUGCAAGUAUGCCCAAUUUGUCCUUUAAUCAACAAGGAUUACAAUCUCAGUUAACCGGGUUGCAACCCCAACCAACGGGUUUUCUACCACCAUCUAACUUUAGUGCUACCAUGCCGUUGACUGCCCAAAAGACAGGAUUUGGUAAUAACGAAAUUUAUACCAAAUCCAACUUUAAUAAUAACUUAAUUGAUAACUCAAGUCAAGACAAAAUUUCCACGGAGGAAAAAUCUUUGUUUUAUAAAAUUUUUGAAACUUUUGAUACUCAAAACAAAGGUUUGUUAGAUUCCCCCACUGCUGUGGAGAUUUUUAGAAAAUCUGGCUUAAAUCGUGCAGAUUUGGAGCAAAUUUGGAACCUUUGUGAUAUAAACAACACCGGCCAAUUGAAUAAACAAGAAUUUGCACUAGGUAUGCACUUGGUUUACGGUAAAUUAAACGGGAAGCCAAUCCCCAAUGUCCUACCUUCAAGUUUAAUUCCCUCCAGCACAAAACUUUUAGACAACUUAAAGAACCAAUUAAAGACAGAGCCAACGACCACAAAAGAAAAACCUUCGUUUGGUAAAAUCGAUGCCUUGAGCUACAAAAAUAAUGAUGAUGAUGUUUUGCCGAACUAUAGAAAUCGUAGGAAGGUUUACUCUGCGAAAAAUGAAGAGCAAUCUUCUUUUUCUUCACCAUCUGCUAAAUCUGUUAAUCAUUCUAGCAGCACCCUUCAAACCGAUGACAUUUCGGUAGAUAAGACUGUUGAAAAGAAGACAGCGAAACCAAAAUAUGCUGGGUUUUCAAGAGAAAUAAAUCUGAAAAAUAUUGCUUCACUGGAAAAUGAGAUCAAAAAUAUCAGCAAUCCUGAAAACUGUUAUGACAGUUCUAUUCCAUCAGAUUUGACAAGCCGCUUUGAUGCCAUCAUCGCCAAACUUCCAAACCUAUUCAAUGAAAUUUCUACAAUUGAUAAUGAGAUUACCAAUGCAAAAAUUCAGUUGUAUAGAAAAAAAAAUCCUUCUUCGAUAAUUGGAUCUGGUCCAAAUGGUGAAAUAACUGAAAAUGAUAGGAAGAAAGCUAAGAGUAGGGCUUUGUUGAGAGCAAGGAUGUCUGCUCUAACAGGAAAAUCAACGGAAUCGGAGGAUUCACUUUCCAUGGAAGAUGAACAGCAAAGUGCUGAAAUCAAGAGAAUCCAGCAGGAAAAUGGUAAGAACCAAGAAAUCAUUAAAGACAUAAGGUCAUCUAUAUCAGAUAUUUCUGCAUCCUUGAAGUCUACUAUGACAGGAUCGAAUAUGAUAUCCAAUCAAGAAUUUGAAAGAUGGGAAUUUGGCAUAGGGUUAGAAGAUGGUGUUCGUGAAUUUUUGGAUGAUCUGAAGUCAAAUUCAAAUAAAUCAGUGACUGAGUCAUCUCCCUUUGUGCCUUCCUCAACACCAACCCCUGUAGAUGACCGUUCCUCGUCGCCUUCUUAUUCUCAGUUCAAAACUGCUGAAGAAAGAGCAGCUUAUCUGAAAGAACAGGCAAAAAAGAGAAUGAAGGAAAAAUUAGCUAAAUUUGAUAAGAAUAGGCGAAAUGUUACUCAAAGUUCCAGAUCGAUUAGCAGUGAAAACUCUCGAGAACAGCCACAACAGAUUGCUGGUUCUUCCAAUUUAGUUGAACCUAGAGCAACUCCAUUCCAAGAAGAAAAAUAUGUGGAAGUCGCUCAACCAACUCAACCUGUUCAAUCAACACAACCUGUUCAACCAACUCAACCUGUUCAGCCAACUCAACCUGUUCAGCCAACUCAACCUGUUCAGCCAACUCAACCUGUUCAACCAACUCAACCUGUUCAGAAUGUAUAUAAUGCAAAGCAAGAAUCCGAUGAUGAAGAUGAAGAUGAUGAAGAAAAGCGUUUACAAGAGGAGCUAAAACGAUUGAAACUUAAAAAAAAGGCUGAUAAAGAAAAAAGACUUGCAGCUUUACGUAAGCAAAUUGAGGAUGCUCAAAAUGAAAGUGACGAAGAGGAGACAAACGGAAAAGACAACUUUGGCGGCCAUGUGAACGUUCCUCAGGCCGCUCCAGUGGCACCAUCUGCAGCUUUUUCGCAAAAUUCUACUAAUGCUCCUCGCUCGGUACACGCUGCUGUUACCCCUGCCGCAGGUAAGAACAGUACUGGUCUGCCUUCCACGACAAUGGGCCAUAAUCCAUACUUCAAGGAUGCAUCAGCUAGCUCUACAUCUACUUUCGAUGCUCGCGCUGCAGAAAUGCAAAGAAGAAUCCAAAGAGGAUUGGAUGAGGACGAGGAUGAUGGAUGGUCUGAUGAAGACGAGAGUAAUAACCGCGUAGCUGUAGAUAAUAAGGUUGAAGAAGCAAAGAUUGGUCAUCCUGAUCAUGCACGUGCUCCACCUGUUACUGCUGCUCCCUUGCCGUCUGUUACCCCUGUUCCACCUGCUGUCCCUGUCCCUCAGGCGAAUACCUCUAAUGAAAAGAGUAGUCCUAUUCCAAUAGCUCCGAUACCACCUUCUGUUACUCAGGAGCCACCCGUCCCGUUGGCUCCCCCUUUGCCUGCUGUUGAUGGCUUUCAAGAACCUCCAAUUCCCUCAGCACCUGCAAUAGCUACUGCCGUGCAAAAAUCGGGUUCUUCCACCCCAGCUUUAGCUGGAGGCGUUUUGCCUCCACCCCCACCUUUACCAACUCAACAAGCUUCCACUUCAGAACCUAUUAUCGCUCACGUUGAUAACUACAAUGGUGCUGAAAAAGGCACGGGCGCAUAUGGAUCCGAUUCUGAUGAUGACGUUUUAUCGAUUCCUGAAUCAGUUGGUACAGAUGAAGAGGAAGAAGGGGCACAACCAGUUUCUACUGCAGGUAUCCCAUCAAUUCCACCUGCAGGUAUUCCUCCACCCCCACCCCUUCCAUGA